GAGAGCGCGCGAGAGCGUGAGUCCAAGCGCGCGCCUCUGCUGCCGCCGCUGUUUCUGUUUCCGUGUGGGGUGUGCAGUGCAUUCAGCGGCGCCGUGUCCCGUCCCCCUCACCCCUCCCUUUUUUUCCGAGCAGCGCGAGGGACGGAGAGGAGGCUUCGGAGCCACACACACACCGAGGAUCCUCGCGCCUGAGGCAGCAGCGGCGGCAGAGAAGGGGUCGCCAUGAGUUGGGGCACGGAGCUGUGGGAUCAGUUUGAUAAUUUAGACAAGCACACACAGUGGGGCAUUGACUUCCUGGAAAAAUAUGCAAAGUUUGUUAAAGAAAGGAUAGAAAUUGAACAGAAUUAUGCAAAGCAGCUGAGAAAUCUGGUGAAAAAGUACUGCCCUAAGCGUUCAUCCAAAGAUGAAGAGCCGAGGUUUACCUCAUGUAUAGCCUUUUAUAAUAUCCUUAAUGAGUUAAAUGACUACGCAGGACAGCGAGAAGUAGUAGCAGAAGAAUUGGGCCACAGGGUAUAUGGAGAAUUGAUGAGAUAUUCUCAUGAUCUCAAAACAGAAAGAAAACUGCACCUUCAAGAGGGCAGAAAAGCUCAGCAGUAUCUUGAUAUGUGUUGGAAGCAGAUGGAUAAUAGCAAAAAGAAAUUUGAGAGAGAGUGCAGAGAAGCAGAAAAGGCACAACAGUGUUAUGAAAGACUGGAUAAUGAUACCAAUGCCACUAAAGCGGAUGUUGAGAAAGCAAAACAGCAAUUAAACCUGCGUACACACAUGGCUGAUGAAAACAAAAACGAGUAUGCUGCACAAUUACAGAACUUUAAUGGUGAACAGCACAAACAUUUCUACAUUGUUAUUCCUCAAAUUUACAAGCACCUCCAAGAAAUGGAUGAACGAAGAACCAUCAAGCUUAGUGAAUGUUACAGAGGGUUUGCAGAUUCUGAACGCAAAGUUAUUCCAAUAAUCUCGAAAUGUUUAGAAGGAAUGAUUGCUGCAGCAAAAUCAGUAGAUGAACGCAGGGAUUCUCAAAUAGUAAUAGACUCCUUCAAGUCUGGUUUUGAACCUCCGGGAGACUUUCCAUUUGAAGAUUACAGCCAGCAUAUUUACAGGACUGUUUCCGAUGGAACAAUCAGUACACCAAAGCAGGAAGGGAUGAAAAUUGAUGCAAAAACCACUGUGGGCAAAGCUAAGGGCAAGCUGUGGCUUUUUGGAAAGAAACCAAAGCCACAGUCUCUACCCCUUACCCCUACUAGUUUAUUCACAUCCAGUGGUUCUAAUGGUGCCCAGUAUUCCAUAUUCUCCAUUGAACAAGUGCAUUAUUGCAUGAGUGAAAUAAAAUCAGGGAGGCCCAGAAUUCCUUCUUUCAGAAGUCUAAAAAGGUGGUCGAUGAAGACGGGUCCUGCACAAGAAGAUUUCAGCCACUUGCCACCAGAACAAAGACGGAAAAAACUACAGCAGCGGAUUGAUGAACUUAAUCGAGAACUACAGAAAGAGACAGAUCAAAAAGAUGCUCUGAUCAAAAUGAAGGAUGUGUAUGAAAAAAAUCCACAGAUGGGUGAUCCAAGCAGCCUGCAACCAAAAUUGACUGAGACUAUGGGCAACAUGGAUCGUCUCCGAAUGGAAAUUCACAAGAAUGAGGCCUGGAUUUCUGAAGUUGAAGGUAAAGUGGCAGCAAGAGGCGACCGAAGACACAGUAGCGACAUCAACCAUCUUGUAACCCAAGGAAGAGAGAGCCCUGAGGGAAGCUACACAGAUGAUGCCAAUCAAGAAGUCCGAAGCCCACCGCAGCAGCAUGGCCCUCACAAUGAAUUUGAUGAUGAGUUUGAAGAUGAUGACCCUUUGCCAGCUAUAGGACACUGCAAAGCGAUCUAUCCCUUUGAUGGUCACAAUGAAGGUACCCUCGCAAUGAAAGAAGGCGAAAUUCUGUACAUUAUUGAGGAAGAUAAAGGUGAUGGAUGGACAAGAGCUCGGAGGCAAAAUGGUGAUGAAGGAUAUGUGCCAACCUCCUACAUAGAUGUAACACUAGAGAAGAACAGUAAAGGUGCAGUAACCUAUAUCUAACCUUCAGUCCAUCUGCUUACCAGUGAACAAUCCUUAAUGAAUACUGAAGUGCGCUCACAGUUGGAUGAGAAGUGUAAAGCGCGUUAAAGAGAGCUUUCAGUCUGUUGUUCACUAUGUGAGCACAACCCGAGACGUCAAUCCUGAAACUGGAAGAACGUCUGUGUUUCGCAUCAUUUCUUCUACACCUUUUGGGCAGUGCCAUGUCUGACUGAUUUCUCUGUCUUUAUCUGCUUAUGGGGAUUUUAAGUGUUUUCUUCCAAUCGCUGACCAGGCUACCACGUUUUCUUGGUUUCCUUAAAUUUAAAUUUUGUAAAGUUUUCUAUUCAUUUGAAGAUUUUAAAUGGAUGUUAAUUUUUUUUAGAAUGCAUUGUUUGUUACGUUAGUAUAUAGAGUCUCUAGGCAAGUCCUCACCUCCUGUUCCAGUGUCUACUAAACUCAAUGUAUAUUAAACUGAACAAGCCAAUCAACUCUUACUUUGAUUUUUCUGAAAGGCAGCCUUCCUUUUUUCAUUCCUUUGCCUGCUGCUGCAUCACACGUCUUCCACGACAGCAGCACAUUAUCCAGAACUGUGAACUUUAGUUUAGAAGACAAAGGAGAACUUCCUUCUGCAAGUUGUUUCAAAAAUCCAUUUUCUGCAGACAGUGGGAGGGGCGGGAUGGGGGUUGCAGCUAAUACUGACAAGCAUCUUUGCUCUAUAAAUAUUUGUACAGGAUUGAUUUAGAAAAUUAUAUCUGUACUUGCAGAAAUGAUAAAAUGCAGUAGGUCAUUGGAAAAAGUAAUCCCAAGAAAUUCAGGACAUGAUUUUGGCCUCUUUUGUUAGAAAUUAUGGCUUUUUAUGUGUAUUCACAGUAGUAUUUUUCUGCUUGGAUCUGUUACUAAGGUUGUUCAGUUCCUAAAAAGUAACUGAUGAACCUGUCCAUUAAUAUGCUUCUGCCUGGUGUGCAUACAUUUCUGCCACCCCAAAGCCAUGUGCACACAAGUCUUUAAAUUUGUGCAGAAGUCUCCGUUCUUUCUGAUAGAAAGAACCAGUGUGCAUGUGCAAAACAUGUGUGGAUCUAGAUCAGGUCACUUUUGUUAAAAAGAGUGGGAUUCCAUUGGAAUCUACUGUGCACCCUGAAGCCUCUGUGCCUGAAAAACAGGUCAUUGGGUCACAUGCCUUUUAAGUCUGAGGGAUGAUGGUGACUGUAAGCAGGAUGCUCUACGUGUGGUUUGUUUUGGCUAGAAUUUACAUCUUUGGGAGGAUGAGCUUGGAAGCUAAGUCAGACGAAUUCACCACUAAAUGAACUGCUGCCUGAAAAGUAGGAUGUACAGAAAGGUUAAAAAGACUCUGUAUGUGCCAUCACUUGUGCAUACAGGGAUUUCUUCUCUGGCUUUUUGAGAUGGACUCUUUUUUUAUGAGUGCACUUUUUUCCUUUUCAAAGACCUCCGGUAAUUUUGUUCUUCUCUGUUUUUUCCUCUUGGACUGCAGGUUCCUGAAGCGGGUUUCUGAGAAAAUGGGCGAGAUGUUGAAGGAGGUUACAUGCAGCUGCAUUUGGGGGGAGGGUGCUAGGCCCAGCAAGAUUAUUGGGGCGGGGGGUGGGAGCCAGUUGCAUGAAGGCAUGCAGGCAUACAUUUCUCACUAACCAGGCUGGUGUUUCUGUGUGUGUCCAAAAUAGUUGUGGUGAACUAAAACUCCAUUCCAACAGAACCCAACUGCCACCCGGCCUGAAAAGACUUGCUUUUCAUGGUCUCAAAAAACCGACUCACUCUUCACCAGUUGCAUUGUACCAUGGCUGUUUUCAGCGGUCUCAUUUUCCAUGCCCAGUUUAAACUGGCCUUCAGUCCAAACCAUGCCGUUGACCGUCUCUGCCUGUGCCACCUCCAUGCUCGCCCUAACCUUCUCUUGCAUGUCUAGAUACGUGUCGGGCAUGCUCACCUAAUGUUUUGUAUUUUCCAUAGUUCUUCCUCCUCUUCUGCAUUUGUAGCCCAUCCACUUUAUGUAUGUCUCCAGCACUAAAGGUGUUUUAUUUCUGUACCCAUUUAUGCUGCUAUAAUGUGGUGUUUUCCUCCCUUCAUUGUGACCACCGUUGCAUUCCAAUUCUUUGGCAUUAUAACUUAUUUGAACUUAAUGUUCAUCUUGAUUUGGGGUAACAAGCACAUCUCAGCACUAGGCAACCGCGGCCCAUCUCCAGCACCUCAGUAGUUUCUCACAAGCACUGAAAACCUAGGAUAAGAGCACAGAUUUUUCCACUGCAAGACAACAACUGUUCUCAGACGUCAAGUGCUUACCAUUCAGAUGCUGCCUUAAACUCUUGAGUGCCUAAAUCUGUUGAUUGCCAACACGACCACGUCAGUAUCCCACAAAGGGCUUUUGCUCCGUAUGACCUCCUGAAUCUAUCUUUCUACAGUGCUGCAGCUGCUGGUAGCCAAUGGUAGAUGUCUUCCUAGAGCUCUACCGUAACAUGAUACAUGGUGCAUUGUAAACUUUAUGUAUUGAACAUGUAUCAGUUUCAUUUUAUGUCUAAUGAAUGUGUUUUUAAUAGGAUUUUUAUGGAA